CAUUUCUGAAGGGGAAUGUGUGAGGGUGGAGGAACCAUGCCCUGUUCCCCAUUCCUCUGCCCCCCCCCCCCCCCGUGUUCAUUCCCUUCCCCACCCCGGGAAGGUGCAUCUCCUGCCUGCUGCCAGGCGCUGGGUGCCUGCCUGCCUGCUGACAAGGCAUGCCUCGAAAUCACUGCCUCAGCAGCGGGCCCAGGCUCCUACUCCGCUCUGCUUCUUGCGGGCCAUUCACCCCAUUAACCAGUCCCUUUGAGCCCUCUCCAGAACCAUCCCCGGCUACAGCUUUCAGUUUGGUAGCUGCUUCUGCUGGUUCUUGGCAGGUGGCGUCCCUCUCAGGCUCUAGUAUAAAACAUGAGGCUCUAUGAGGGACGAACCAGAUCUUUCCAGGCUCCUGUCACUGUUCAUAAUUAUCCGAGCAGCCACGUUUAUGUGUUUAGAAAUGGCCGAUCAGAUCCAGAUGAGUCAUCGGAGGAGGAAUCUGAAUUAAUGGAAUUACGUCCAAGGGGCAAGGAGCAGCAGAGAAGCAGUUCUUCCCAAGAGAGAGCUGGGGAUGUGGUGCUACUGGAACGAGAGCUCACCGAGGGCGAUAACCUUAACAAGCUAGCGCUGCAGUAUGGGUGUAAAGUUGCAGAUAUCAAACGUGUCAACAACUUCAUGUGUGAGCAGGACUUGUACGCUCUGAAGUCUAUCAAGAUUCCAGUCAAGGCCCAUGGGGUGUUAACGGAGACCAGCAAAGAGUUAAAACCUCCUCAGAAUGCACCUUCCUGGGCUGGAAUGACACUGAUUGAACUACCAGAGCCGGAUGAUGGAGCCACCACCAGCAGCAGCUCUAGUGAAAGCAGAUACCUGACUGACUACUUUAAGGGGAUUGACCAGACCAUUGAGGAUGUAGUGCAAUCCAAAAUCAAUUUAAAUGCAGAUUACUGCGUAGAAACACCAGACUGCCCCCCAUCCGGUUCAGUGGGACAAAAGGAGCCCAGUAAUGGUGCAGACUGUGGAAUCCAGUGGUGGAAUGCAGUUUUUAUCAUGCUUCUGAUAGGAAUAGUCUUGCCAGUAUUUUAUAUUGUCUAUUUUAAAACACAACAGACUGGGGCGGCAGCCCAUAACUCAAACACAACCUUUGCCUCGAAUAGCUCAGCUCAUGAAUUAAGGGGGGAAUUGUCACACCACCUACCAGUCGUAGAAACCCCCAAAGCGAAGAUACAGCCCAGUACUGCCUCUCCGCCCAACACUGAUACCCAUAAACCAGUAACUCUGACCCUACUGGAUUCAGGUGGCUAACUUUUUUUUAAGUGAUCUUGACUGAACACAGGGUGAUGUGUUUUCUCUGAAUGAAUAAAGACGUUUUGUAGCUUACCAUG